AUGCAAGGAACAGGGCACGGCUGGAGCGCCGUCAUCAGCUACUCGAACCGUCGGGCCAAGAAAAGCGCACCCGAAACUCCCGGUGUACCCAACCCGGCUGGUACCACGAGGGCAAAGCAGCAACAGACUCAGCAAGAACCUGCCAGCAAGCGUAAAAUGGUAACAAAACCCAAAUCGUCUCUUCCCAGCGGUGCCAACGAUUUCAAGCUACUCAAGACCUACCUGGAAGGACAAGCAUCGCUUAAUUUGGUGAUUGAACUGGCGAUUCGACUGAGGGAGAAAGCAUGCAACCGACGUUAUGAAGCAUUCUGUGAACGAUAUCGAAACCAAGAAGGAGCUUCCCUUCGAACCAUCACUAGGGGUGAGUGGGAAGCAACGGAGCGUCUGCCGAAGCGGUACGGAGGCUACCACGGGGAGUGGAACCUUCAGGAGAUCAACGAGGCUGCUAAUCUCAUGAUUGAGCUGAAAGACUGGAUCGUCACUAAACGAUUGCCGCAACGAGAGGUGGAGCAACGCCUAAUGGCAUUCGAUCUGGCGAAAACCCUGCCUAAGUACGACCCUACAUCCGACCAGGGUGUAUCGGCCUCAGUGGCCACCGCAGGUGUUGAUCGUAGGACUUUCAAGGACAUUGUAAGUGGACCAGCAUACGCCGAGACGAACGCGAAGCCAGAAUUAACCGCGUAA